ACCUAGAACCACUAGGAUGAGCAUUCAGCUAGCUGAUUGCUCUAUUGUUCAUCCUAGGGGUAUCAUAGAGGACUUGCUUGUUAACAUGGGUGCAUUCACAUAUCCUAUUGAUUUUGUUAUUCUGGAUAUAAAUAAAGAUUUGGAUGUGCCUUUGAUUUUGGCUAGACCAUUUCUCACCACCACCACUGCGCUGAUUGAUAUGCAUAGUGGCAAGUUAACUUGCAGGCUGGGGAUGAACAAGCUACAUUUUCUGUGCCCGAUAAUGCGAAGCAUUCCCAUUUGCAUGAUGACUUGGAUUACUGUGAUAUGCUGGCUGAUUUUGAAACCGCACUCGCCAUCACGCGUGCGGGUAGUGACGAUGCCCUUGAGCGUUGUAUUUUGCUAGGUGAGCAGGCAUCGUAGGAGCUAUUGCUGGAGGAGCAGCUGGCCGCGCUGGAGAGUGGCGAGUUCCUGGAGGUUGACAAGCAAUUCAAACCGAUCACAUCCUCUCCUCGCAUCAUCACCUCUCUGGAGGAGCCACCAUAACUGGAGCUAAAGCCCCUCCCUCCUCACUUGGAGUAUGCAUUUCUCAGGGAGGGGAAUAAGCUUCCAGUCAUCAUUAGCUCGACCCUCACACCCGAGCAGAAAACCAGACUUGUGGCCCUGUUGAAGCAAUAUAAGUGAGCCCUGGCAUGGAAGAUCACUGAUAUCCCGGGGAUCAACCAUUCUUUCUGUUCCCACCGGAUACUGCUAGAGGAUGAGAUGCAGCCAUGUGAGGCAGCCCCAAUGGAGAUUGACACCGAACCUGGAGGUAGUGUUUCGGGUAGAGAUUGUGAAGCUGAUGGACGCGGGGAUCAUCUUCACCAUUUCUGACAGCGAGUGGGUCUGCCCCACUCAGGUGGUGCCUAAGAAGGGUGGGAUGACUAUGGCACCCAACGAGAAGAACGAGCUCAUUCCGAUGCACACGGUGACCAGGUACCGUGUCUUCAUCGAAUACCGUCACCUCAACGACACCACCUGUAAAGACCACUUCCCGCUUCCUUUCAUUGACCAGAUGCUGGAGAGGCUGGCGGGGCACGAGUUCUACUGUUUCCUAGAUGGGAUGUCCGUGUAUUUUCAGAUCCCCAUCGCACCGGAAGACCAGGCGAAGACCACCUUCACCUGCCCUUUCGGCACAUUUGCUUACCGGAGAAUUCCUUUCGGGCUUUGCAACGCCCCAGCCACAUUUCAGCGAUGCAUGCUCGCCAUCUUCGACCGGCUUGUCGGAGAAAUCGUGGAGGUGUUCAUGGACGACUUUUCGGUUUAUGGGGACUCAUUCUCACACUGUCUCCAUAACUUGGAACUCAUCCUAAAACGGUGUGAGGAGACGAACCUGGCGCUAAGUUGGGAGAAGUGCCACUUCAUGGUUUGCGAAGGCAUAGUUCUGGGGCAUAAGAUCGUCAAGAUGGGGAUAGAGGUGGACAUAUCCGAGAUCGAGACAAUCAGCAAGCUGCCUCCUCCCACAUCGGUUAAGGGGAUCCACAGUUUCUUCGGUCAUGCAGGGUUCUAUAGGCGGUUCAUAAAAGUCUUCUCCAAGAUCGCAUUGCCCCUAACGAAGCUCCUUAAGAAGGAUGCCCUCUUCCUGUUCACUGACGCGUGCUCCUAUCAUGGUCACUCCUGACUGGUCUUUACCGUUUGAGCUUAUGUGCGAUGCCAGUGACUUUGCUGUUGGAGCAUUUUGGGGCAGAGGCGAGAUCAACACAUCCAUCCUAUCUACUAUGCCUCGAAAACCCUUAAAAAUGCCCAGGAGAACUACACCACCACGGAGAAGGAGCUGCUAGCGGUGGUGUUUGACUUUGAUAAGUUUUGUCCUUAUUUACGCUGCAUUUCAAAAUACUCGGCCGGUCACCUGAAAUACCCGACCGGGUAUUAUGGCCGGGUAUCGCGAUCUGGAGCUUUUAAAGAGAAGAAAGCCUCUUUUUGAGGGGGAUCCGAUUUUUAGGGAAAGAAAGCAGAAAACCUAGAGAGAGAGAGAGCGACGAAUAGAACUUCAAAGUGCCCUAAAUCGAUCUUCAACACCAUUGGAGCUCGGUGGAAGCUUGGAGAAGUUCCAAUUAGUUACCAGAAUCAGAUUUUCAUCCUUCACAGAAUGAUUUCUGCAUCUGAAACAAAUUUCUCUUCUCUCUCUAUGGAGUAAACUCUCUCACUCACCUGGGUAUGAAGAACCCUAGAUUUGUAUGUUAGGUCUGAUUGUAUGAACCAAAAUACAAGUUCUUUGAUACUGAUUAUAUUCAAUUGAGGCAUGAUUUUUUGAAUUGCAUGAAUCCUGAUCAAAUUCCUUUAGUUUCUGCUUUGACCUAGAAAGAGAAUAUCCUCCUCGGUUGAUAGAGCACCCUUAAUUGAAGGUAGUGAAUUGACGACUUUACUCGAGGAGUUUGUUCACUAUUCUGUACUGGAUUUACUCCAGUAGAGGAGGUUUGGCACGUUAGGACCUCAGUCUGUUUACUCCGGUGGAGGUUAGUUGCCCGCUGGGGAUUCAGAUUGAGAGGGUCUGGAAACCUUUUUUCGAGAAUUCAGACUGUCUAAGAACCUUUCGCAGUAUAAUUAUCAUUGAAACUGAAAUGGGUAAAUUACAACUUGGCUUAACUGCAGUCGAGAGGGAACCAUAUCUGGGUGACCUCUCUCAAACUUGGAACACAUCAUUUACUGCUUUUGUCUGCUAGUUUAGUUGGAACUUUACUACAGUUGAACCGCUAAAUAAUAAGAAUCUCAAGGAGUAGUCAUCACAACUAGGACCCGGGUUGACAUUUGAACCUAAGCCUUCUAUAUUAUGCAAUAGUAGGUGUUUACACUUGGCCACUUUCUAGUGUGACCAUACAAGCGAGUAUGUAACCCUAAGGUAGGGGGAGGAUUAGUUGCCCGAAGUACCCGCUUUUAACUUUGAUCAAUCUCUAGUCUAGUUAUCUCCUCAAGUCCUCGACUCAAACUUCCAAAACUGAUGAACUAAUUAUCAACUAGGUGGUAAGUAGGCUAGGGUAUCAGGAUCCGAGUAAAAUACGACAUUGAUCACCACUAUGUGUCAAUUCCAUCCUUAGUUAAACAUGGGUUAGGAUGGGGUAGUUGUUGACACGUGCUAACAAUUGACAACAAUCUGCAUGGAUUGAACCAAUCAAUAGUUAGUGUAUGGGAUAUAAUGAACAUUUGAUGUGUUUGAAUGCUAUGUUGUUUGAUUCAUUCAUGGCUUCCUGAUUAUGCAAAGGAGUCUCCCAUUUUUAAAAGUUUUUCAAAGGGUGAACUGUAUCUUCUAUAAAAUGCAAAAGUAUAC